AGUUGCAGCGCUUUAUUCUAUUUAGUGCGCAGUAACACAAGGCAGCAGCAGAGAGAGGAGAGAAGCCGACGGCCAUGUCCCAGAGAGGAAGGAAGAUAGGGUUUGGGUUCGAAGGGUUCUCUGUGCAGAAGCCAGCGCCAGUCAGCAAGCUGGGGCGGGCCUGGACCAAGGAGAAGACAGAGGAAGAGUAUUUCAAUGACAACAGUGAGAGGAGGAGGAGGAGGAGGAGGAGGAGGGAGGGCCAGAGGGGGAGGACUGAGAUUGUGAAACAGAAAGAGAAGACUGCUGAAAGAGCUGUGAGGGAUGACAUCGAGGAGGAAGAUGACCAGGAGACAUAUUUCAAGGCAAUGGCGAAUGCUCCCAUCGUGGUUGCCGAGGGCGACGAGGACAUAGAACUGGAUUAUGAUUCGGACGGAUAUCCCAUCAUACCUGACAGGGCAAAGGUGGUAGACCCUCUCCCUCCAGUGGACCACUCUGAGAUUGAAUAUCCGUCGUUCACCAGAGAUUUCUAUUCUGAACACAACGAGAUCUCAACUUUGACUUCUGCGGAGGUCAAGGAACUGCGGUCGAAGCUGGGGUUAAAGGUCACGGGUUAUCAUCCUCCAAAACCUUGUGUCUCGUUUGCUCAUUUCAACUUUGACAACAGUGUCAUGGAUAUCAUUAGGAAGAUGGAGUACAGCCAACCCACUGGGAUUCAGGCUCAGGCGAUCCCAGCUGGUCUGGGAGGUCGUGACAUCAUCGGAAUAGCCAAGACAGGCUCAGGGAAGACAGCUGCCUUCCUCCUCCCUAUGAUUGUCCACUGCAUCGACCAGCCGGAGAUCAAGGAGGGAGACGGACCGAUUGCACUGGUCUGUGCACCUACCCGGGAGCUGUGUCAGCAGAUCUACCACGAGGCUCGUAAGUUUGGCAAGUCCUACAACCUGACAGUCACAUGUGUGUAUGGAGGAGGCAGCAAGUGGGAACAGAGCAACGCCCUCAAGGAGGGUUGCGAAAUCCUCGUGGCCACCCCCGGUCGUCUGAUUGACCUGGUGAGGGGGAAGGCGACUAAUCUGCAGAGAGUGACAUACUUGGUGUUUGAUGAGGCAGAUCGCAUGUUUGACAUGGGCUUUGAGGCUCAAGUGCGGUCCAUUGCUAACCAUGUCAGACCUGACAGACAGACCAUGUUGUUCAGUGCCACAUUCAGGAAGAAGGUGGAGAAACUGUGUCGCGACGUUCUCGCUGAUCCUGUCCGCAUCGUGGUGGGCGGAGUCGGCGAGGCUAACGAAGACAUCACCCAGGUAACAGAGGUCAUGAACUCCGACCAAGACAAGAUUGGACGACCUGUUUUUGCCCCAGCUGGCAGCGUGCUGGUGUUUGUGACUAGGAAAGUCAAUGCAGACGAGAUUGCAUCAUCUCUGGAGAGUGAGGGGCAUCAAUUGGGGUUGUUGCACGGCGACAUGACACAGGGUGGUCGUGACGACGUAAUCACUGCCUUCAGGAGAAAAGAGUUUCCUAUUCUCGUGGCAACCGAUAUUGCAGCGAGAGGGCUGGACAUUCCGUUGAUAAAAACUGUCGUCAAUUUCGACGUGGCCAGGAACAUCGACACCCACGUCCACCGCAUCGGUCGCACGGGCAGAGCAGGGGAGAAGGGGACCGCCUUCACCCUCCUGACCCCCGGGGAUGUCAACUUUGCCGGGGACCUCGUUAGAAAUCUGGAAACAGCAGGACAGUAUGUGUCGGAACAGCUGCUGCAGCUGGCAAUGCAGAACCCUCGAUUCAAGAAGAGCAGAUCGUUCAGACGAGGAGGAAGAGGGGGAGGGAGGGGAGGGGGAGGGGGGAAGGGAGGAGGAGGAGUCUCCAGUGCUCCAACUCCUCCCCUCCCUCCUCCUACUGGCGGCACUCUGGAUAAGAGCAGAACCGCCAUGUUGAAGGAAGCCAUGAAGGCCCAGUACCGCAGCAGGUUUACAACUGGUUCCACUCUCUCAUCCUCCACUUCCUCUCUCUCGGCCCCACCGUCUUCAGGCCCCGCCCACCUAUCCUCUGUGACUCCACCCACUUCAUCUGGCCCCGCCCACCAAUCUCAGAUGACCCCGCCUACUGCCCCACCCCCAGUCAAGAAGAAACGCAAGAGCAGAUGGGACUAGAACACUACAUGACACUUACACACACAUUGUACAUAAUUUAUACUGGAAUAUUUUUUAGGAGGAAGUGUAUAUACAUGCGAUUUGCAAAUGAGAAUUUUGCAGAGAACACAGAUUGUUUCACAGUAAAAAC